AUGUCUUUUGAUGGCAUUGCAGAGGAUCAAAUACGACUGGAUGGGGAAUUCCAUGCUGUCGGCGCAAAAUAUGCCUGGGUUUCCGCAAAAUCUAUCAGAACUUUGGAGCUCGAUGGUUUUAUAUUCAAUAUUGUGUCGGGACACGAUAGCGCAAGGAGAUUCAGUACUCGAUUAGACCUAAUGAAGGAAAAUAGGGUUAAAGAAGCUCAACAAGUCUGCGAUCGUAAUGAGCCCCCUCGGGUUACAUCGGGGAGACUAUCUCCAGGAGAACUACGACGACAAGAUACGGAUAGUAGCCAAACGCUAGGGCAUUCACAGGUAUUGACACUUAGAUACUCUGAAGCCGAUCUAACUCCUCGUCAAAGCCAGACUGCUGAGAAGCACGACGACACUAUUCAUGUUAUCACCGAGCCUCGUCCGAAUUCCCUAUCCCAAAGAAUCGACCACGAAUUUCAUACUUUCGAGUCAAUCUACCGCGAAACAUCAGAACCAGAAUUAGUAGGGUCCGAAAGAUCGUCGGAUGGAGUACAUAAUGAUGAUGACCGAGAUCGUCAAUUAAUAAGCGAUCUUUUUCCAGGCUCACCAAUCGCGCAGGUAGAAGAGACUUCCGACGACAAUAUUGCUAGCAAUGUACGACAUAACGACCUAGUCGAGGCCCCAAGCCCACUUGUUAAGGCUCGGGCUAUCUCGGGGUUGCCGUAUGUUGCCCGUGCGAUCAGACGCCCCUGGUCGGAAGAUAGUGGCCUUAAUCCGAGUCAGAAUAGCUCCUCGUCUCUGGUGUUGGAUCCGACGUCCUCAAAAACUGCGCGAGCUUUUUACACCAACCUAAAAAAGUAUGUCAAUCAACAUGAAAACGACACACCCGACUACUUGCCGCCCACUGCGCCAAUGUUACCUCAGGGGCUUUUGCAGGACCAUCAAGCAACUACUGAGUUACAAGGGAACAGAGCUCGCAAUGAUGAACUCGCAUCGACGUCCAAUCUAAACAUCCAAAAUACAGCUUCAACAGCACUUUCAUAUUUCAAUACGAUAUACAGCAGGGAGAAAUAG